UUCACAACGUACAGUAACAUAUAUACUUGCCCCGCCUUUCUUUCAAGAUUUUUUUUCGUAACAUGACAUCUUUCGUUGUCUCCUUAUAUCCAUACAUCAUACAUUACCUAUAUCUAUAUAUAUGGCACCAAAUAUCUCAUUUCCAUCAUAUAUACCUCCCUCACUAGCUCAUCUCUAAUUAGUCCGUCCAUGGAUCCUUUAUAUAAACGCUCUCUUUCGUCUUCUUCAUGUCGCCCGCUCGACUCUCAACCCGGUUCGUCUAACUUCCCGAAUUCGUAUCACCAGCCACUUCCCCUGCCCAUGGAUUUUGGUGAUGAUGAUGAUGUUGUAGUUAUAGAGACCAGAACCGGUGAGGGGGGUGUUAAUGUUCCUCGACCGCUUGAUUGUUUACAAGGGACACCAAUCCCACCAUUUUUGACAAAAACUUAUGAUUUAGUGGAUGACCCGGGACUAGACCCGAUCAUCUCAUGGGGUGACACUGGUGCAAGCUUUAUCGUAUGGGACGCGGUGGAGUUCUCCAGGACAGUCUUGCCAAAAAAUUUCAAGCACAACAAUUUGUCAAGCUUUGUUCGACAACUUAACACCUAUGGAUUUCGCAAGAUUGAUACAGACAGGUGGGAAUUUGCAUCUGAAAGCUUCUUACGAGGAAAAAGGCAUCUCUUGAAAAACAUUCACAGGCGCAAGUCACUGCAGUCUCAUCAGGUUUAUGAUGAAGGAAGCACCCUUUCAAUUGAAGCGGAGGUGGAAGAACUACAUAGAGAAAAGAAGGAAUUGAUGCGAGAAGUUAUUUAUUUACAGCAGAAGCAACAUGGAACCCAUCAAUUUAUGGAAUCUGUCAACGAAAAGCUCCAAGCAGCUGAGGAUAGGCAGAAGCAGAUGGUCUCAUCUUUGGCUAAAGUUCUUCAGAUCCCAAAGUUUAAGAAAGAGCAUAGACGUAUUUCUUCACCAAAGGUUCGUAAGUAUGUUAAGCAUCAACCCUAUGAUCAGAAUUGUCUACUAGAUCCAAUUCCAGGUGAUGAGACGGUAAGGAGACUGGAUUUUUGUGAAGAAAGUGUACCCUUGCAAUUGCAUCACGUUGCUUCGCAGGAAUUGGCUCAGAUUGAUGAUCCUAUUGUAGAAAAAGAAAGCGUGUUUGAUUUGGGUUUAGAAGCCACAAGAGAAUAUUUGAUAUCAUCUCCAGUGAAUUUGGUUAAACAGGAAGACAUCUGGAGCUCGGAUUUUGAGGCGAUUUCUGCGAUGCCUGGUUCCAGUAACGCCAUGUGGAAUGACGUCGGAAGCUAUGAUUUGCCAGCCUUUGGUGUUGGUGGUGGCGAGCUGCCUGAUUUCUGGAAUUUAGCAUAUAAUGGUGCUGAAAAUAGGCCAAGUGAUGAAAGUGAAACGAACCAGUAUGGAUUUUGAAUCCUAAUUUGGUUCGGUUGAUAGGGAUUUUUUACUGAUGAAACUAUUAUCCAAUAAAUCAGUUGAUAUUUUAUUUUCUUA